GAAAACAUGAAUUUCUCAACAGUUUGUAAAAGUUUUAUGAUAGUGAUUUUACUAAUGGGUGUUUUAAAUGCACCAACAGAGGGCAAGAAAGUGAUAUUUUUUGGUAAACCCUCAAUACUAACUUCUCAGCUAUUGAUCACUCAAAAUCGGGGCAAACCCUGCGGUAAAGGCCAGUUACUAGAUCAUCGUAAUCGUUGCAGAAGAGUUUUAACAUUUAGUCGAAUAACACGCAGCUAAAAAACCUUUAAAGAGUCUCUAAUUAUGUUCUAGUGAUAAGAAAAACAUGUGUCAGCAGCGGAUGUAAGGUAUUCUAAGGUAUUUUUGUUGGUGACUAGCAAAAAAAUAACCCUGUACUGGAAUUUACUAGCCGUUGGAAUACUAUUAUUG